AUGUUUGGGGGUAUUGGGGGGGUGGUUAUUGGGGUUGGUGGGUUAGUAUUAGAUUGGAUGUGGGGGGGGUGUGGUUGUGGGUGGAGGAGGAAAGGUGGUUUUUGGUUUUGGGGGAUAGUUUAUGGUGUAUUAUGUGGGUGGGGGUUAGGGUUUUGUGGGUUUUGGGGGGUGGGGGGGAUAUGGGUGUGUGGAGUUAUUGAGUGGGGGUGGGUAUUGGGGGGGUUGUUUGGUGGUGGGGUGGUGGUUGUGGUGUUGGGGGUUGGGGGUUGGUUGGUUGGGUGGGUGGGUGUGGUGGUUUGGUGGGGGGGUGUGGUGUGGGGGAAGUGUUUCCACAACGACCGCUUCAUUAAACAAACUGACUCACUUCCUGUGAUUAAAACUAUAAAACACGCGGUCAGAGCUCAGGGCCAUAAAAGGGCAUAA